UUUUCUGUUCAUCUACACUCCAUCUUCUUCACAUAUAUAUCUCUAUAUAUACACACACACAUAUAUAUAUAUAUAUAUAGAGAGAGAGAGAGAAGAUUGAAGUACCAAAUGGACAGAAUCCAAAUUCCUCAGGGGCUUACGGAAGAGGAAUUUCGAGAGCUGGAGCCUGUAAUUCGCACCUACCACCUGUUCGACCCAGUACCUAACACAACCACGUCUCUGAUUAAGCAGCGGAUUGAUGCACCAGCGGAGGCGGUAUGGCCCUUCGUGCGCGGCUUCGACAACCCACAAAAGUACAAGCACUUUAUCAAGAGCUGCCGCAUGACUGGGGACGGCGGUGUCGGCAGCAUCAGGGAGGUGACGGUGGUUUCCGGCCUUCCCGCCUCCACCAGCACCGAAAGACUUGAGAUUUUGGAUGAUGAGAAACAUAUACUGAGUUUUCGAGUUGUAGGUGGGGAGCAUAGGCUGAAUAAUUAUCGAUCUGUAACGUCUGUAAAUGAGUUCAACAAAGAGGGGAAGAUUUACACCAUUGUUUUGGAGUCUUAUAUAGUUGAUAUACCAGAUGGGAAUACAGGAGAGGACACGAAAAUGUUCACUGAUACUGUUGUGAAGUUGAAUCUUCAGAAGCUCGGUGUGGUGGCAAUGGCCGCGUCUUAGCACCGAUACAAAGUGUGCGUUUGCUAUGCUGUACGAAUUUUUUUCUUGUUUAAUUCUAUUUGGUACUGUCCAAUCCAUUUUUACCGAACACAAAAUAAGAAAUUUAUGGGCCAUAAGUUGAAAAGGCAAUUUCUAGGUAAGUUUGAGAAGUACAAACUGAUCAAGAACUGUCGAAGUCGAUGUUGGUGCAAAAAUAUUGAUGGUGGUAUUUUUAUUUUUAUUUUUUUAAAGAUUUUCUGAAUAUUUCUUCAGCGUUUAGGAUCGGUAUAUUCCAUGCAAGUUGACAUUGAGUUGUAUAGUACUAUUUUAUGAUUUAUCUACUUUUGUUUGGUGGGUUUUUGUACUCA